AUGUGGUGGACUUUUUUUCUUUUUCAGAAGGAAGAUGUCAUUCAUGCAGACGUGGAUGAAAGACUGUCUCUUCGAAAGCACCGCUUCAUGCAUUUUGCAUCAUUGGAAUAUGAAGGAGAAUAUUACAUGACACCAAGAGAUUUCUUGUUCUCAGUGAUGUUUGAUCAAGUUGAACGCAAAGCCUCAGCCAAGAAACUGACAAAAAAGGAGGUAGAUGCUGCACUGGUGUAUGUUGCCAAAGCUAAACCAGGACCGACCUUUUUUAGGGAGCUUGGUGAUAAAGGGUUGAUAUCUUAUGCAGAGUAUCUGUUUUUGCUGACAAUUCUUACAAAACCCCAGACUGGACUUCAGAUUGCCUUUAAAAUGUUGGAUGCAGAUGGCAAUGAACAAGUUGAAAAGAAAGAAUUCUUUAAGCUACAGAGAAUCAUUGGGAAGGAAGAUGACUUGAAAGCAGCUGGAGAUGAAACCAUGCUUCGGGAAACAGAACUGGACAGCUGUGGUGUUAAUACCGUGUUGCUGGUACAUUUCUUUGGAAAACAAGGAAAGGAAAAACUUCGCUUUUCCGAGUUUUUCAGAUUCAUGGAAAAUCUGCAAACCGAAGUCCAGGAAAUGGAAUUCAUAAAGUUUUCAAAGGGUUUGAACGUCAUGAGUAAAGAAGACUUUGCGGCGUGGUUGCUGUACUUCACUGAUGAGGAAAACAAUGAAAUUUACUGGCAGAAUGUGAAAGACAGAAUCGAAGCAGGAGAGAACAUCAGUUUGGAAGAAUUCAAGACUUUUUGCAAGUUUACAAAUAAUCUGGAAGACUUUUCUAUCGCCAUGCAGAUGUUUACUGUUGCCAAUCGUCCUGUUAAACGGGCUGAGUUCAAGAGAGCAGUGAAGGUGGCAACAGGACAGGAUCUAUCAGAUAAUGUUUUGGAUACCAUCUUCAAGAUUUUUGAUCUAGAUGGAGAUGACUGCCUCAGCCACAGCGAGUUUCUUGGAGUCCUGAGGAACCGAAUUCAUCGAGGUUUGAGGGUACCACAGCAGCAAGGCAUUCAAGGUUUCUGGAAGUGUGUGAAAAAAGAAAGCAUCAAAGAAGUCAAAGAACUGUGGAAGCAAACUGGGAAAAGUCCUUUUUAAAGCAGUCCAUUUUUCUUUUGCUUAAGUGGUUUUUCUUUAGGGGAGUUUGUCUGUCCUGUUUACAUAAUAACUAAAUCAAAAAUAUUCAGUUUUUUUUAGCUGUAGUUCAAGUUUAAUUAACCCAGACUCUAAUGCAAUAGUUUUAUAAUCGUUCCAAUGCAAUCAGUUUGGUUUACAGAACUGGUAUUGCUUUUGACCUCCAUACAGAAGCACUCUUGUUCUGGGGAAUAGUGUUGUUUGCUGCCCUGUGGGGUCUGGCCCUGCACUGCGGGAUACAGGAUGCACAAGACUGAAUAACAGCCCCAGGCAGGAACAUCACAGCAGUAUCAUCUCCUGUUGAAGGAGUGGACAUCAUCUCAGCCACCAACACAACAGCUCUCCUUCUCCAGCAAGAGCAGAGGUCCACAAGGCAAAAUCACUUGCACAACACAUUUUAAACUAAGUUAUCCUAAACCAAAGGGAAAAUUCACACCUUGUUACGGGGAUCUGCUGAGGUGCUGGUUCCUAGUGCUUGAGUCCACCAGUUCCUGUGGGGGUGUCUGGUUUGUCUGCCUUCAUGGUGUUAAUAUGAAACUGGAAAUACAAGAGUGAUAGGCUUGAUGCAAGGUUUAAAAGUUGUACAUUGAUCAAUGAGUGUGCAUUGAGUGUCUCAGACCUCUUCCACAUAGUAUAAAUGAGAAGAAAAAAUGCUCAGUCUAUCAAACACAGUGUAGCUACAAUUUGACUUGUGACUAUUGUGCUUUAAUUGUAUGGCAGAAGAUGAAUGCAUAACAAGCAGUUGUUUUAUCUUACUAAAAGUUGUGACAGGGAAACCUGAAGUAUCUCAGGAAUUCAAGGUUAUAAUAAGCAAUUGUUGAGGUAAUAUGUCCAAUAAAAAAACAAAUACAAAUGUUUGUUAGUCCAAAUGCAAAGUUAGACCUAAGAUCUUAAAUACUAAAAGGAGGAACAAAUAAAGACUAACACUUGGAAAUUA